AUGAGAGCCGCGCAACCACGAGCGCUGCGGCCUUGCUUCCUUUUGCUUGCGGCCUCCCAAGAGUUUCCCAACAAGUCCACAAGUUGGACGAGAAGAGGGCCCAGUGGUCCACGGCUUUCGGGCACGUCGGGAGAGGCGCCCACCAGAAACGCGCCACCAUCUGGAUUCGUUGGGCUGAACGCGGUCUCGUCCAAGCCGUCUAGCGGCAUCGUCGGAGCCGUCUUGGACCCUUGGAUGAUGCCAUUGGACCGCGUUAGGCAUGUCAGGCGCUCGAGCAACAUCAAGCUUGAAGCUGCAAAGCAAUGCGUGGAAGCUCGCGCCCUACCGAACGGUGUCAUGUACAGUGUCUUGCGUGUGCGCAUGUUUCCCGCAAGUGCCGAUCCAUCAUCGAAGCUCUAUCUCCCUCUUGUCCUUGUCCGCGCGCAGCUUCCGCAGCAGCAGCGCACAAUCUCCAUGCCCGGUGCCGAAAGAGUUCUUCUUCACCUUGCACAGUAG